AUGGAAUCGUCAUGUGGUUCAAGUAGUAAAGCACAAAGUCGUAAUAUUCGUUUAGAAGAACAAAACAAAAAUUAUCGACAUAAU